UCUAAAGUUGUGGCAGUUGUAGAAGUUCGCAUCGUUUUACGAAAUUUAUAUUCAAUUCGUUAUUUAUACGCAUACGUGUGUUAGUAUUUUCAUUUUGGUUACUUUUUUUUAUAUUCUUUUUGUUAUUGCAAUAACAACAACAACAACAACAACAGUAACAAAAACAUGGAGGUCUUGGAUUCAAUUUUUAACUUUAUUAAACAACGCUUCCAUUAUGGUUUUGACGAAAUAACGGGGUACAUAAUGCGGCGCUUUCUGCGUACGGCCAUGAUCGUGUUCAGUUGGUUCGUUGUACCCUAUAGCCGCUUCACCAACAUCAAAGUGAGCCGCAAAAAACUGCCACCCAUUAAAUCGCACCUGUUGGAAAUACCAGCUGUCGAUUUGGCCAAAAUGAUAAGAACUAGAAAGGUCACAAGCGGGGAAGUGGUAGAGGCAUACAUAGAACGAUGCAAACAAGUAAAUCCGUUGAUAAAUGCGAUCGUACAGGACCGUUUCGAGGAGGCUUUAGACGAAGCUCGCGAAGUUGAUCGCCUAAUCAGUUUGGGUCUUACUACCGAAGAGGAAAUGGAAGAGAACACUCCGUUAUUGGGUGUACCAGUUACCGUUAAGGAGAGUAUAGCAGUAAAAGGAUUAACGAAUCAGGCAGGUCGAGUCUUUAAAACGCCACAGAUAGCGAAAUCAGAUGCUCCGGUGGUUGAACAAAUUAAAAGAUACGGCGGUAUAGUUUUACUAGUAUCUAAUACUCCGGAAUUGUGCUUAAUGUGGGAGACUUAUAAUAACGUUACCGGUCAAACGAGAAAUCCAUACGAUUUGAAACGUACACCGGGUGGUUCGUCGGGUGGAGAAGCAGCACUGCUGGCCAGUGGAGCUUCCUUGUUGGGUUUAACGUCGGACAUUGGAGGCUCGUCGCGAUUACCCGCUAUGUUUAGCGGUAUUUGGGGUCAUAAGCCGACGCCAUAUGCUGUUUCAUUUAAGGGUCAUCAUCCAACUUCAGAUUUUCCUAAAUGGGGUGACUUUUUCACUAUCGCACCUAUGACUCGUUAUGCCAAAGAUUUACCGUUAUUAUUGCGUUGUAUGGUCGAUCCAAACGGUCCUAAAUUGACUUUGGACAAAGAGGUAACCAUGAGCGGCAUACGUUUCUUCUUCAUGGAUAACGAUGGUCCAUCGGGCAUGAUGAGACCCUUAAGUCGUGACUUGCAUGCGGCCAUUAAUCGUGUGGCUAACGAUUUUAAUGCGAAACGUGUAAAUAUAAGGAAAAUGAAAUGGUCUCUAGACAUAUCUUUAUCAGCCAUGUUGACAAUGAAAAAUAUUGAGACUAUUUAUCAUAAAACCGAGGAAGGUCAACGACCAAAAACUGUUUGCACCGAAACAGUUAAAUAUUUCUUUGGCUGCUCGGACAGUAUUCUGCCUUCGGUGAUAUUCGGUCAUUUACAGAACUUUAUGAAAAUUAUACCCAAUUCACGUCAUAAGCAUUUGGCGACCAUUAUCGAAGCCUUAAAGACUGAAUUCAAAGAACUAUUAGGCAAUGAUGGCGUUUUCCUUUAUCCAACCUUCCCAAAUACGGCGCAUCAGCAUUAUCGCAUCUAUCAUAAACUGUUAGAGCCCAUGUACAUGGCUAUAUUUAAUACAUUGGGUUUACCGGUGACAAAUUGUAUGAUCGGUUUAGAUCGAAGGCGUUUACCGAUGGGUAUACAAGUGGUAGCUAAUCCGGGCCAAGAUCAUUUAUGCUUAGCGGUGGCUCGAGAAAUAGAAAAACGUUAUGGCGGUUGGGUGAGACCACCAUCUGAAGAAAGUAGUAGACGUCCCGAAUAGACAUGUAUGGAAAAUCUUUACUUUUAAUUUCUUUUUUGUUGUUGUUUCGUUUAUACGUAUACAUACAAAUAGAGGCGUGCAUAUUAUGUUCAUAAAACAUGUUGAAUCACACAUCACAUUUUUACUUUUAGUUUUCAUUAUUAUUUCCAAUCUAUUUUAUGCGAAGAAAACAUUAUCAUUAAAGUAAACAAAUGUAAAAUAAUUGUUAAUAUAUGUAUGUGU